AUGGCUGAUAGAAGUAUUGGUUUUGGCGGAUUAAUCAACGACACCAAUAGUAGUCGCACUAGACGGCCUGGAUUAAGUUCAACAUCUUCUCAAUCCGGUAGAAAUCCUUCAUAUGAUAAUCACGAUUCAACUGACCGUAAUACUAUGACUCUUGAUUUAGUUGACAAACUUAAGCGUACUGUGAAAAGCAAAAUCGAACGAGGUUGCAAAUUAACUCAGCCAAUUAUCGAAUUAGAAGUGACCAAGAUAAAAGCAAGUAUUAGUCCACAUGAAAAUGAUAUCGAACAAUGGAAGAAGCAACUGCCACGGGAUAUUAGAAAUUGUCCCGACUGUGCUUUACGUGUAUCAAUGGCAUACGGUGAUAACCCACAGCAAGUUAAAUCAGUAAUACAAUCAAAAAUGAGCCUCAACCCAACGGAUAAUAUUAAUGCAACGGUUUCGUUCGAUAAUCUGAUAGCACCUUUGAAAACGCUCAACAAGGACUUGGAAAACAAUCCCAUGAGAAAUAUAUUCUUUGCUGUUCGCAAUAUUCCAGAUCAGAAUAUGAACCGUCUCGCUCGUUUGUUUCUCAGUGAAGCACGUCAUUUUGCUCCAUCUUUAGUAAGCUAUCGAUUUGAAAAUGCGUAUAGAGCUGUAGAAGCCAUUCGUGGCACUGAUUAUGAAUCAAGCAAACAGCAGGAAUUUCUUGCGAUUAUUAAAACGCUGGACGACACUGAUGAUAUUCGUGAUUAUUUAAACAAAUUGUCGAGAGAAUCAAUGCGUAGAUCAUUACCAUCGAGGCAUCCCGAUAAUGAGAAUGCUAAUCGGAAUCGUUAUGGAUCAGCGUCUCAUAUUAAUCAAAAUCAUCUUCAGUCUCCAGAUCAUCGUUCACAUAUAUCUAGAGAGACAUCAACAAAUAAAGGCAGGGACAAUUCAAUGCCAACGUCUGAACAGAGUCGUUUACCCUACCAUAGUUCAGUUUUUUUUCCGGCUCCAAGUCAUCAACCACCGAAACAGAGCGACAGUUCAAGGUUUACAACGAAUAGUGAUCAAAGUCAAGCGUCUCCGCAGAGAACAGAUGGCCAAUCAGCUAGAUCUACCUCUAGAGACAAUCGAAAUGAAACAUCUCAACAGAGUCCAUUGUUUGAUCAUGAAAAAAGUCCUUCACAGAGCUCGAAUCAACGAACGCCAACAUCAGAUGGUGGAGGAAAAAAACAUUAUGCAGGUCCAGCAUUGGAUUCCGAAAAAAUGCGUGGCCCCGGUGAAACUUUAGCUCAGUUCACCGCUGUAGAUUUAAACAGACAUGGUCGUGGAUCAAGAGAUCGACAAAAUGAUGGUCAUGCACGUCGCGAACAAAGAAAAUAA